UUGCUGGUAACCAUAGAGCUGGUGGUUUGAUUUCUGGCUCCUCUUGUCCACAUGCUAAAGUGUUGAGGAUCUUGAUAUUGGAUCUCCAGUUGCUCCCAAAUGUACCAUAUGUGUAUGGGACAAAAGGCCUUGUUAUGCUUGUUGUGCAAUAUUUUCUCCAUGACUUUUGUUUAGAGGUUCAUCAGCCCUCUUCAAGAAAAUGUCCACAUGAAAAGGCCAUUUCAGUCCACACUCGUCAGUCAACUCUAACUUUCAUUUUAUUGUCCCCCGGGGGGAAAUUUGUCCGGCAGCCAGGAGAGCACACACAGACUGCAUGUAGCAUAAAUACACACAGUAAAACAAAAGCUGAAUCUAUCACACAAGCUCACUUAAAACAGUGUACAUCAAGUGACAGCAUGACAUAAAGUCUGGAGUACAUCCAGCCUAGUCAUCACUGCGUGAAACACCAGCAGCUUCCUCACUAAAUACUUCUUAGAUCACUGUCAUCAGCCGACUCAUCAUGAGCAUUGAACAGUUUGAUGGCAUACAAGAGUUUCUCAAACUAUUCGACCUGGUCAUCCAGAGGAGAAAAGCUAAAAACCCUCCAUAUUGAGGGUUGAGAGGACAGUACAGUUGCUCUCUUUGAGAAAAUGUGAGAUAAGGCAGUUUAACAGCUGUUAAUGCUACUGUUGGCUUCAGAGCGAUAGCAAAAACGUACAUUUAGCACCUUUAACAUGUGCUUAGAUUUGUCAAAUGUAAAGUGAGUACAUAAAAUGUGCUCAACAAUACAGUAAAUUUCAAGAAUGUCCCACUCAAAAAGACUAGGUUCCAAUUUUCUUUCUGAUGCUUUCCAGGAUGUCCACUGUAUGCUCAUACCAUCGAGACUUAAAUCAGCUGGGGACUCAACUACUCUCCAAGUGUCAGUCAGAAAGAAACUGGGCUGCAGGAGGAACACAGUGUGAACUGUCAGACAGUGGUGUUCCUCUUUAAGGCUGGUAGAGGAUGCUGUGUUUGGGGGAGUGUUUUCAGCAGACUGGUUUAAUGCCAGCUUCCUUAUUUUGAUGUGUGUUUCUGCAGCGGGUUACUGGCCUCUUUGUGCCUCUGCUUGCUUCAGUGAUUUCAAGGUUGCAUCUGACUGUCGAGUGGAGGUUACAUGACUGUUAGACUCCCCUCAGCUGGCAAUCAUCCUCAAAAGAGAAUUGCUUUAAUUUGAUCAUCUACUCCAGGUCUUUUUGUGGCUAAAACACAGGGAUAAAAACCAAACAGGAGAGGAAAUACAAGCCGAUGCAAGGUGGAUCAAAUUUACAGCUGUGACAGAAAAACAUUUCACUGCAAAGCAAGGAAAGGAAAAACAGAUUCACCUCUCACUGUCUGCUAAUAAAACAUUCCCAUGUGCUGCAUGUUUAACUUAGUGGGUUGAACAGGACACAGACAUGUAUCAGACUAAUAUCCUAUCAUGGCUGCAUCAUUCAAACUGCAUGAACUCACAGCGAUUAAAACCCUCUGUUAAAUCUUUUAUCGUGUUAAUCAAUAAAAGAAAAUCAUGGGAAUCUGAGACACUGAUCUUUAUUAGCAACGAGGCCAUUCACAGCACUAUACUUAUAGUCUUUGUUUAUUGUUUCUAGUUAUCCAGGUGCACUGAUCUCUGCAUCUUGCAUCUGUAUGUUUAGUUUUGGCCCCAUAGGGACAGUAGGUGGACGAGUCCUAGACCAGCUGGGAGGUUUGGAUGGUUUGUAGCAGCAGACCAAAAAUAUGUUCUGGCCCUAAAUCAUUCCAGUGCUUUAUGAAGCACUUUAUGUCCAAAUCACUUAUUUAAUACAAAGAAUAUCUGUGCAAAGAUCUGAGAACUGGACUGAUGUGAGCCACUUUUUUAGACAGAGACACCAUCACAGUAGAUGAUCCUACUAAAGAGAAACGCCUGCUGAGAGAUGAGACAUUUAUUUAAUGAUAUAUGUAAAGAUAAUUAUAGGCUUAUGUUUAGGAUUUCUUUAACAAUGAGUACUGUCUCUGUUUUACCCAAACUUAAUAACAGACAACUAGUGGCAUGUGGAGCUCAAAUACAGCAAAAAAGGAUCUGGUCACAAUAUAUCUGUAUGUGAUUAUAUGAACACAAAAUAAAUAAAAACUUGUUCCAUGUUUAUCAUCUUUUACUGUUGGCUGCACUGCACCAGGUUCCUGUCACCCAGAGAAAUACCAUUCUUAAUCACCUAACCAUCUGGAUGAAGUGGAACAAAGAGACUGAUCAGAUAGAAUUCUGGAAAAUGUGAUAAAUAAUAGAUUAGACCUUCUGCAGGCCAUCCAGUCCUCUGAUAUGGUAAACGUCUGUAAUGUUAAUGUUUUUAUUUUUAUUUUUUAUUUUUUACAGGAAGACAAACCAGUUUUCUGAACAUUUUGGAUCUUAUUCUCACUUGUUACUCCCCCUUUUCGACAUCUGCGGACUGUCUGGCAGCGGUACGUGGCGCGUUUUGGUCAUUUUUGGACACUUCCUGCUUUUUAAAGUCGAGCUGCAGCGUGCGUGUCCCGUCGACUCAGCCCGGGUUAACAGGCUGGACUGGUCGUGUGUCGCAGCGGUGUGUUUGUGCAUUUAGGACUUCAGCUGGUGCUGCUGCUGUUGCUGCUGCCGAGGAGGCGACGUCUUAUUGUCACCAGCGCUGGAUACCUAAUCGUUUAUUUGAGGAGGGAGGAAAUGAGGCGUAGCGCUGCGCUUUGAGGGUGCCAGAGGAGGAGAAAGACAAACAGGAUUCAAACAGGUGUCCGGUUGUCUCCCAUCAGCCCGAGCCCGGAGGAGGAAGAGAGAGAGAGGAGGUGACAAGAAGAAAAGCAAGAAAGGACGGGUAUAUUCAAUAGCUUUCAUUAAAAGGGGCGGUUAAUAGGCGAAUCAAUCCGCUAAUUUCAGCGUGUCGUUCCUCUGUAAACCGUGCGCUCCUUCAGCUCAGCGGUGAUGGAGACCAGGAAGAAACCGUAACAGCUUGUUUUAAAAAAGAAACAUAAUUGAAGACAGCCAGGUUUGCGUCCCCUGCCUUUCUUUGCUCCCUCAGAGAAGGAGGAGGAGGUGGCAGUAGAAGAAGGGAGGCGGUGACCGACAUCCCCCACGGGACAGGCCGACCGACCCACGCUGCUAACAGGUGUGUCUGAGGAGGGCACACCGCUCCAAUCUGCACCGCCCGCCCGUCCGGCCGGUCCACCCCCCCUCUUCACCUCUCUCCACCCUCCCUCCCGGUCCGCUCUUCUGUCUCAUUGUUCUGCCGAAUUUAUAUCCAAACACAGGCUGGUUUGGAGUUACAUCUGGACGUUUCUUCAUCCCAGUGAGCGCCUGUUCUUUUCCUCUUUCGGUCUCCUCGCAGCUUAUCCAUUGGUGCGUAAUAGCAGAGAGGAGGAAGGAGGAGGUGGGAUCCAAACGGCUGGUUUUGAGACGUUAAUUUAAAAAACGAACGGGACUUUGUACCGAGGUUUUUCUUCUUGAGGAAUGGAGGGGAUUUAAAGGUUUGGACUGAUCGGUUCAGGGGUUAGGAGGAAAUCUGAAGAUCUUAGUCUCGUUUUUUUUUUCCCACCAAAUUUGUAGGUUUGCACUAAUUUCGCCCCCCCGGUGAAAGGACAGAGACCCGCCGUUGGUGCUGUGGUUUCGGCGACGUUCGUUAGCUCAGCCGAACCGAAUUCUGACGAAUUUUAACGGACAGUGAAAAGUGGGUCUUAAGUGAACCUCGUUUUAUCAUGACAACGAGAAAAGCCAGCAGUGUGGCGGACGUGGUGACAACCUCCACCACCUCCACCAACAACAACCACCACCAGCACCAGAACCAGCACAGGAGCCGGAGUCCCAGCGGCUACAGCAGCGGGGUUCCGGCGUCCGAGGCGGCGCCCGGAGGGGCGGAGAUGUUCGGUGAAUUUCAGGACUGGUGCCUGCGGACGUACGGGGACUCCGGAAAGACCAAGACCGUGACCCGGCGUAAAUACAACAAAAUCCUCCAGACCCUGCUCCAGGGGGACGAGGAGAACAGCAACGGGGUGUUCCUGCACGAGAAGAGCAACAACCACAUCAACGCCAAAUUUAAAUUCUGGGUCAAGUCCAAGGGUUUCCAGAUUGGGACCCUGCAGGACGGCAAGAACGGCUCGUCGGACAGACCGGUGCUGUACGUCCCCAUCAAGGCGACGUGUGUGGACAGUGUAUCCGGGGUGGACUCGUCGCUGAAACGCGUGGCAGUGGUGGAGGAUUUCUUCGACAUCAUCUAUGCCAUGCACGUGGAGAUCAGCAGCGAUCCAGGCAAAGCACCAAAACACGCUGGCCAGAAGAAAACCUACAAAGCUAUAGCAGAGACGUACGCCUUCCUGCCCAGAGAGGCGGUGACUCAUUUCCUGAUGAGCUGUGGAGAGUGUCAGAAGAGGAUGCACAUCAGCACCGCAGGACAGGACUACAAAGAGAACGACAGACCGAGCUCUUUGGUGUCGGAGGUGAUAGACUACAACAUGCCUCUCACCACCACCUACAUGAAGCAGAUGAAGCUGCAGUGCAUGAGCAACAACAAGGAUGACAGUUCACUGAGCAGCGAGGAGGAGGCAGAGAUGAGCGAGCCCACAUGGCUAGCAGCUGAUCUGGGAGCAGCGUCUGACCUGAGCCCGCCAAGCCGAGGAGAGAGGAUGCGCCACAGUCCCCAGAACACGCACAGCAAGGAGGACGACGAUGAUUCAUCGUCAGAGAGCGGCAGUGGGAACGGCCUGCCUGCGCUGACCCCCCCCUCCUCCGCUGUGACGGACGGCGCCAUCGUCAGAGAAACCGAGGUCGUCAAUGGCAACGGCGGCCCCGCCCCGCUCGACUUCAGCACGCCAACCUCCUCUUCCUCGUCGUCCGAGGACCAGCAGCCGAUCAACCUGAGUGACCCGCCCCCGCAGCGCCUGCCCCUGUCCACCUCUCACCUGCCCGUCACCGUGUCGGCGGCGGCCGCGGCGCUGCUCGGCGCUCUGCAUCCCAACGCGCCCGAGGAGCUCCGCAGGAAGUACCCACUGGCUGCCAAACCUCCCCUGGCCCCGCACCCGGCCCUGCCUCUGCCGCUGCCGCACACACACAGUGCACACACUCCCAACACACACUCCCAGUCCCACACACACACUGCUGAGCUGCGACUGGACCGGGACGGCAGGGACUAUGGGGGCAAGUCCCCACAGUACAGUUCAGGCGGCAGCUACGACAGUGUGAAGAUGGACUUGAGUGCCGAGGACCUGACCAUGGGGCGUCACGGCAGCCAGGUUGCCCCCGACGAUGACGACGACGACCACGACGACCACGAUGACAACGACAAGAUCAACGACACGGAGGGAGUCGAUCCCGAGAGACUAAAGGCCUUCAACAUGUUUGUGCGUCUGUUUGUGGACGAGAACCUGGAUCGGAUGGUACCCAUCUCCAAACAGCCCAAGGAGAAGAUCCAGGCCAUCAUCGAGUCCUGCAGCAGACAGUUCCCAGAAUUCCAGGAACGCGCCCGCAAGCGCAUCCGCACCUACCUCAAAUCCUGCCGACGCAUGAAGAAGAAUGGCAUGGAGACCCGUCCUACUCCACCUCACCUCACCUCAGCCAUGGCUGAGAACAUCCUGGCUGCCGCCUGCGAGAGUGAAUCACGCAACGCCGCAAAGAGGAUGCGCCUCGAAGCCUAUCACGAUGAGCAGAUCUCUCUGGACAAGCCGUCCAGCGGUGGAGGAGGUCUGAGGGAGCCGGCGUCCCUCGCCCACUCCGCCUACUCCCUGGCCGCAUCAGCCUUCUCCUCCCAGGACACCCAGCUCUACAUCAACGGAGCCGGCCUCAGCUACGGUUACCGUGGAUACCCGGGCCUGGGCGCUGCCAUGCAACACCCCGUUUCCCUGACGACCGGCGCUGCUGCUCAGAGCAACGGCCCCACAGACCUCAGCAUGAAGUCUCUGUCCUCCGCCAACAUCAGUAACUCCUCCUCCUCCGCCACCGCCAACAGCCUGGGUGGGCGGGGCAGCGGGGGUGGUGGAGGGGGCGGGGCGUCAACCCAGCUCAGCCAGCCAGAGAUAACGGCCGUGCGUCAGCUGAUCGCCGGCUACCGGGAGUCGGCCGCCUUCCUGCUCCGUUCGGCAGAUGAGCUGGAGAACCUGAUCCUGCAGCAGAACUGAUACGGGGGAACACACACAAGCAUACACACACACACACACACACACACACACACACACACACCCCUCCUGUUGUGUUUGUUUUGUAUCUGUCUGCGUCCCCCUGUCUCUCCUUAUUGACGCUGAACACCUGACCUCCUCUUGUUUUUGCUCUUCCCUCCUUAAUUCGAGGGUUUGCUGUUUUCUCCUCUUCUGCCUUCUCUUCGGAAACUGUGGCCACUUUUCACUUUUGGGGAAAAAAGUGGAAAACUGGGACAAAGAGGGGACAGGGGGGAGGCAACCAAUCCCACCCCAGCCAUUCCCAAAACAAUCCACCACAACCUCAGUUCAGCUCCAUUCUGCCUGAGGAGGGAGAGAGAAAAAUAAAAAUGACGAAGCAGAGCACUUGGACUCUGGAUGAAUCUCUUCCUGUCCUCUCUGGAAGCACCUCACAAUCAGCACUACACUCUGAGCGAAGGAGUGUGGAGGAGAGGAAGAGAGGAGGAGGAGGAGGAGGAGGAGAGUGAAGAAGACUGCUGCUGUGGUUUCAGACAAAAAAAAGACUUUGUAUCCUUGUGGGUGGAAAAGUCAAGUUGUGGAGUUUCCCUGUGGAGCUCCAACCCAGGAAGUUUUUGACUGACUGAUUGAGUUUUUGAUUGACGGGUGCCCCGGCCAACGCUGUCUUACGAUCAUAACAAUUAAAAAAAAUAAUAAAUAGUGACUCCCUUAAUUAGUACUACUGAAGCAGUUUGCUAAAUGACGAGUGCUUUUUGAUUUGACUGAAGAUUUACUUUGUUCUUUUUAUGGGAGUCCAGUGCGUGCUUUUUGUUUUUUGAUUUUUUUUUUUCUUCCCAAGUGACUGAACUGAAAGAAAAGCGGUCUGACUUAUCUUAAAAGAUGGCACUAAAUACAGAGAAGACUUUGAGUCCGGAGGAGCCUAAGGACGGAAACUGGAAAAGAAAUUAGAAAAAAAAAAGUUUGUUUGUUUAAAGAAGAAAAACUUUUUUGUGCUCGCUUGUAUAUAAGCUCUCUGUGUCCUAUAGCACUUUUCCCUCACCUGAAACCUCACCCUGAACCCCCCCACCCCUCAAUCCUCACCCCUUUUUACCCAGGGAGCAACUUGCUACUUAUGCAUCCAAGACGCCAUGUUGACCACCAGGAAAUACCUCAAAUUAGACCUGCCAAUUCCAUGUUCAGUUCCUCACACACACACACACAUACCUUACACAACAUUUAUACACUCACACUCUGCAAGUGAAUGGUAACAUUCCCACCAGAAGCCAGUUUACUUCUACUUCACCACCUGAUGUCUUCAAGGUUUCUAUAUUUCGGGGGGAGAAUCAAACUCUAUUGCGCAAAAAGACCUGUAGUGUGGAGACGACGAAGCAUUUCGAGGACUGAUGUUGUAAAGUUUUCAGACACUGAAAUCUUUCAAAACUUUUCUUUCACCUGUGCGGGUUUGUUCGUGUGCUGCUGUAUAUAAUCAGUUCAUCUUGAAAACUUGAGAAGAAUCAGAGCUGAAGUUGACAGGAGUGUAUUUCUCUGGGAGGUGACGUUCUCCUUAAAGGGGGGGGGGUGUAUGUGUGUGGAGGGGAGGGGUAUUUCUUAAAUGGGGGGGGGGGGGUUAAUUGUUGAUACUGGUGGCGAUUUUACCUCCCGCUUCUACUUUUUACAAAUGUAGAUGUAACGCCAACGAAACCUCAGCAUCGUUCUGUUUAACACCCCCCUCCCCCCCCCUCCCCCCUCUUCUUCUUCUUCUUCUUCUUCUUCUCUCCAUUGGACCUACUCUACACUUCUUCUUCGUGGACCUAAACAUCCUCCUCUUCCUCCUCUCCUCCCUGGUCCGGGUCCAGGUUUCAGAGGAAGAGGAGGACUGAUCUGUCUUACUGUGUUUGUCUGUUAAAUUCUGAAAUGGCCAUUAUUGUUGUUAUUAUUGUUAUUACCAUUAUUAUUAUUAUUACUAUGAUUAGAAUGAUGAACCUUCAUGUUGCUGCUGCUAUACAAAAACCGGACCUUCUGCCAUAGACCUGAAACCUCAACAAAGGCGGGCGUUAGCUAGCCGCAGUGUCCCGUGGAACCCGACCGACCAACCAACCUCCUACGACCUUUACUGCGACUUCAACUUGACCACAUGAAAGCAAAAACACCUCAAACACUCGCUGUUCGCCAGGAGAACUUUGAACUUCUUCAUCCACUCACGCCUCUUCUCUCACAGACCGGUUGGUUGGUUGGUUUGUUUGUUUGUUUGUUUGUUUGUUUUUUUUUGCUUCAUAGGGCUCGAUCAAUGUUGUGUUUUGUGACUUUCUAACUGUGAAUCUUUUCUUUUCUUCCCAUGUUUUUUAUCCUCUGGAGGGCGUAGGGAGGGAUGUGUUAGCAAAGUCUUGCACGUUCACCACAAGUACUCCACGUCAGGCCAACAAGUACACACUUAGACCACUCAAUAAUUCUGUGUAGAAAACUGUUAUGUUUUGGGUUAAUUUAGUCCAGAAUGAAAAAAAGAGAUCGGCAGUAAAUGAGAGCUAGUGAAUCCUUCAUUAGAAAACCAUCAGGUUUUACUUUCAGCCUUGUUGUUAUUACAUCAUAUGAAGGUAUUUCUGCUUAAAAAUGAUACUCACUGGAUUCCUCGUUGUGGCCAUAGGCCUCUGAUGUACCAGUUGUCCUGUGUAGAGUCAAGCCGGAGCCUCUGUUAAAGGAAUAGUUUAGUUAAUAAGCAAACCCUCGUUAUUAUUUCCUUUGUCUCUUGGUACAGUAGCUAAAAUAAGCCAAAUGCUCUGUUUGGAGUUGUUAAUUGUUGGUAUUAGUUUGUUAAAGUUUGAAGCACUCUCCUGGUUUAUCCACUUCACUCAACACCUGCAGACAAACGUGGCUUCUUUCCUCCUGAGGCGUUGCUCUGUGUACUGCUUCUACUGUGGUUUCUACUCACUUCGACUGUCGUGUCACUGUAAUUUGCUCCCGUUUUGCACACUGAGCGAAGCAGCAGUCAUCUGUGAUUUGAAGGGGGGGGGCUCUCUGUGUGUGUAUAUGCAUGUUUCCCCCCAGGAGGGACCCCCCCACACUUUCCCCCCAACUUGCACUGCUGAGAGCGGAGGAAGAGGUGUGGUGGGAUUUUGUUCUUUUUUGCAAUGCAGCUGAUAAUCAUAGCAUUCACUGGUCUUUAGAUGGUUUGUGUUGGUGACAGGCGGCCCACAGUGAGGACGAGCGCUGUGGUGCUACAGAGCAGAGGACGUAUGAAGCCAUUUAUUCACCCCUCGUAUCCACAAACACAAAACCUCCGUCCACACUUCAACUGAUUUACAUCCGUGUGCAAUGUCAGAGCCACCACAUCGAGUUCAGAUUGGUUCGAAAUGUUGAAAAUGUAAAUCAUUUAACUGGAACCAUUACACAUUAGAUGUAGAGUUGUAAAAGAUUUAUUUCUUUGUUGUUUUUUAAAUUCUUUUUCACAAAACAGGAAGCUCUGUUCAAAGUGUUCUGAUCGCUUAACGACAGAGAGAAAUAUGCAAAAAGAACAGUGACCCGACUAGAAGAGAAACAGGAGAGCGUGAAGGGACGAUGGCGUCACGUGUUGGAGCGCGACCUUUUAUUCAAGUGUAGUCACAUUUAUCGAGAGAGUUUCCUCACUACAGAAAAUCUUAAAUUCACACAAAGACCCUCUGAAGUACAAUCAAUGUUUCCUCUUAAUUUGUCCCAGAUUUAUUGUCUUUACUCACUGGAGGGCAUAUUCACUAUUUUUAUUUUAUGUGAGUGUGGUGCGAUUUCUUUCCUUAAACCCCAACACGAGACUUUAAUGAUGCCAGCGUCGCGGCCUUCUCCUCUCCUGUUCCAUCUCACUGUGCUCUCAGAUACUGCCACUGGUUUUGUUGAGUCUGUGUUUGUACAUAGUGUGUGUGAAGGUCCCUCAGAUCAAAGCAGGACAAAGUGGAUUUCACUAUCAGUUUCAUUUCAGUCGAUUUCAGGAAGAAUUUUGAUCCCAACAUCCUGACUCUGAUGGAUUCAGUCUGAGCAGACCAGGUUCAUUUUACCUCCUUCACAAAUGACUGAAAAGCAUUGCUGCUGCUGCUGCUGCUGCUGCUGCUGCUGCUGCUGUGCAGUGAAAACCUCAAACCUCUAAAAUGCAUCUUUAAGAAAUGAAGGAAAAGCUACCAUCAGACCUACAGCCAUACAGUUUCUAAAUUACACUACAGAAUGGGUUUGGAAUCAAAUCAAAUCUAUUUUUUGAAUUUCUCACCCCACAGUAGGGCCUGAGAUUUUUAUGCAACAGUAACAUUUAUUACAAUUUAACCCUUAUACUGUCUUUGUUAGACAGUCAAGAGACAUUAGAAUUGUUUCAUUUGGGACCUAAAAUGAGACUAAAAGCUGUUUAGUGAGCUUCAAUCACAAGAGAAAAAACUAAUGUUAUUUACUUUGGGUUUGAAUGAGAGCAGAGCAGUUUCAGAUGCUCUGUAAAUGGUGAAGAGGCUCUCAUUUGCCGUCCAUCCCCCUCUAUCUUCCUCCUCCUCCUCUUCCUCCUCGUCUGAGUUUGAUUCUUGUUUCCGUCAGCUAAAAACUCCUCCAGGACAAACUGCUUCUUUGAAAUGUGAUCUGGGAUUUUUUUUUCUCUGGGAAUAAGUCAUCUUAUCAAACACGAGCGGGACCUCUGAGAUCGUCCCAAAAAGUUUCAUUCAUGGCCGACGGUGGCAAACACUGAAUCACAGACUCAGAGUAUUCAGAGUCAUAGAGUGUUAAGAACAGACGCUCAGGCAGCCUCUAGUUAAUCAGGUUGGUGGGAUUCAGGACUUGUGGGACGAUCUCACUGGUUCCUCUGCGGUGACGUCCUCUGUCAACCUCAGAAAAGAUGUUCUCAAGGUUUUCUACGUGUGUUUCUGAGCCCAGAACAGCACCACAGGAAAACAACAACUGUAUAAGAGA